GACGGAUGUUGGCUUUUAACAUAUUUGGUGCGCCAUAAUUGAGUCCUUUGUUAGGAAAGUUGCAUGUUCCAACGUGACUGAGUUGGAUUGGUUCAAGUUGCAGUUCGCAUUGAGACGACUUGACCAUGACUUUGUUGUAAGAAAAUUCUGCAAGCAAUAGGCAAGUGUCAUUGUCCAGUAUCACAUUUCCGUCGCUAUCAAACUCAAUGACGUAUUGGUUAUAGUUGCAGUUCCCUUCACUGUUGCAUUGAACUAUAAUCUCGUUGACUGCACCCGCGCAACUUGGAAUGUAAGUGCGGUUGCCCGUAAAUACAUCGACGCAUGCUAAAUCUAUAGGGGAAGACACGGGGGGACUAGUCGGGGAGGACAUGGGCGAAUCAGUUGGGGAUUUUGACCCCUUCUUGCUGCUUUUUGAUUUUGAUUUCUUAGGGGCCUUUCUUCCUUGCACAGAACCUUCUUGCCCAUUAUCUUGAGGAGGGUUGGAGUUGAGUUGAGACAAGUCAAUCCAAGGAGAUGACACGGGGACUUCUUCCUUCCCCAAAGACAAUGCAGAACGAUCUUCGGAGUUGACACAAAAUGCCACCGGAGCAAUAGCAGCAUGGAAAACGAAGAAAAAGGAUGGAAAGCAAAGAACUUUCAUGAUACGUACGGUGUAAAAACGGUUCAAUGAUUUGAAGACCUUUCUAUCAAAAGAAUGAGAAGAUAGCAAAAGAUUGUUUUUGCUCUUUUUUCAAAACGGUAAUAACACAGGAUCUUGGCAUUGCACUUUGUUUUGUACGAAAUAAUCGGUGGAUCCCGUCUCUCGGUAGGAUGCUGGGAGGAGAUUCUUAUCAAGCUUUGUGAAGUGUCAGCGAAAGGCCCAAGCAAACAUUACGUGCCAUAAGAAACAAUGUGAUGCAAACGUCAUUUCAAAAGAAAAAUACGUCAUUACCUCUAUGAAGUAUGAGUGAAUCAAGAGUGAAAAUUAUCACGUGAAAAUAACACGGGGAGCAUUUUUAACCAUGCGCGAAGCACUUUUUUUUCUCUUCGAUUCCUCUCUCCAGCGCAAAAUUCAAAAAACCACAUGAAAACUGCAUGCGCCCGAACAAGUGCCCGAGCAAUAUUUGGGUUCUCUUUUGACCAACAAUGACUGCAUAAGAACCUUCUCAAUAAGUACGAUAAGCAUAUGAUAAGAAAGCUCUCACUCUCAGCUUUCUAUAGCCACCAGUCCCGUAGUUAAAUGACCRGUAGAACCCUUUCAACCGGUAGAAUGAAAAUCAUAUGCCAAAAUUUGGUCUYUUUAAACAACUAUCACAAGUACGUCAGACACUUUGACUAUAUUGAAUCUUCAUGACUGUAUACUUUUAUAAUGGAUCUAUUAAGUGCAAAAAGAAGGAAUUGAAACGCCCAAGUAUUGAGCUUAUUUCAGUAGCAAGUCUGUUAGGGGACAAUCAUUUCUGGACGGAGGAAGUAACAUAUAAUGUUCCCAAAUAAAAAUGUGAUCAGCUUUGUUCAUUUAGCUUUUGGAGUGUUUGAGGCAUAUGCCAAAAUAGCGCUUAACUUAGCUGACUUGGUUCGGUAUUGCAUUGGAUCGGUUCUUUUUUUUCUACUUAAAGUACUGUAACCCUACCUGUAGGGUUCGGAAAAUCAAAGUUAGUACGCGUACGAGGAACGAAAGUAAGUUCUUUUUGUGAAAUCACAAGUGCUUCGCGUAGAAUAAUAAUUGAACUUUCGUUGAUUACUGUAGGGGGUUCUACCUGUAGGGUUCGGAAAAUCAAAGUUACUACGCGUACGUGUACUACGCGGGAACAGAUUUUAUUGCGUGUUAAGUGUAGCUUCUUUUUCACGACAACUGCUUCUUUUUUCACUGACGUCGGCAGCAAACAGCUCUUUCCCCCCCUCAUACAAUGAAUACACAGGAGAGAGAAGCCGGGGAUGGUCUCCUACAGCUGAAUAGAUCUCUAGGAGGCCAUGCUGAUGCACUACUCUCCUCAGAUGAUUCUGAUUUGGAUCAGGAGGGGGAAGUUGUUGUCCCUGCUCCUGAUCCUGCUCCUCCUCCCCCUGCUCCUCCAGUUGCGCCCCCACCACCACCACCUGCUCCACCAACACUACCAGCAGCAGCAUCCCAUCCUUUGUUCAAGACAGCGCAGGCUGCACUGGCAAAGAUGAAGAAUCUUUCACUGACAGACAAGAGAGCUUUGCUGGUUAGAAUUAGUAGAGAUAAGCUAAACCAAAAUCUUAUUAAAGCUGUCUUUCCUGGGGGGACGCAUUGUCGUCCCAUGAGAUGCAGAGGGUGUAUCAUGAUGUAAUCAUGACAGGAAACACUCAGCACAAGAUCAGGAAACACUGGAGCCUGGCCUAUUCAGCUACAUUGCUUGCCAAAUUCUUUACAGGGAUGGAGAUCAGGAAGGGGAGAGAUCAGCAAAAAAGGGAUAGCAGAAGGACAGCUGCCGCUGUAGCUGAGCUUGAGACUGUUUCCAGAGCAGUAAAGAAGGCAAUGGAAGAAGAGGAACAGGGCGUUAUACUAAAAGCAUCCAAGCAGAAGAAAGGGAAGGUCUACUGGCAGAGGGGGCAGGCUCGGCUACAGGAUGAUUGGGACUUUGAUCCAGCCAAGCUGGAUAGGUUUCCAUGGGAAUCGUAAUAUAAUUGGCCACCUGCUGGCUGCRUAUGUGUAAUCCGUACUAUGUAUUCUGAUCUGUACUCUGAACGUGUGAGACUGCAAAUAAUUUUCUCCUUAAGGAAGGUUUUUCAGAGUACGGAUCAGAAUACAUACGGAUUACACCA